AUGGAGGUUGCUUUCUGUGUAGUAACUUCAGGACCUGGGCCGCUAGAAGAUGCCAUUGAAGAGGAAGAAGAAGAAUGUCCAUCGGAGGAAACAGACAUCAUCUCAAAAGGGGACUUUCCACUGGAGGAAAGCUUUUCCACAGAAUUUGGGCCUGAAAAUCUGAGCUGUGAAGAAGUGGAAUACUUUUGUAACAAAGGUGAUGAUGAAGGAGUCCAGGAGACAGCAGAAUCAGAUGGGGACACACAGUCAGAGAAACCGGGGCAACCUGGAGUUGAGAUAGACGACUGGGAUGGACCAGGAGAGCUGGAGGUGUUUCAGAAAGAUGGAGAACGAAAAAUUCAGAGUCGGCAGCAACUUCCAGUGGGAACCACCUGGGGGCCGUUCGCUGGGAAGAUGGACCUGAAUAAUAAUUCCUUGAAGACAAAGGCUCAGGUCCCGAUGGUGCUGACUGCUGGUCCCAAGUGGCUACUGGAUGUGACUUGGCAAGGAGUGGAAGACAACAAAAACAACUGCAUUGUGUACAGCAAAGGGGGUCAGCUUUGGUGCACGACUACGAAGGCCAUCUCUGAGGGUGAAGAGCUAAUUGCCUUUGUGGUGGAUUUUGACUCAAGGCUACAAGCUGCCAGUCAGAUGACUCUUACAGAAGGGAUGUACCCGGCGCGCCUGCUGGACUCAAUUCAGCUGCUCCCUCAGCAAGCUGCCAUGGCUUCUAUUUUGCCUACAGCUAUUGUCAAUAAGGAUAUAUUCCCUUGCAAGUCCUGUGGCAUCUGGUAUCGGAGUGAGCGGAAUCUGCAAGCCCAUUUGAUGUACUACUGCAGUGGGAGACAAAGAGAAGCUGCUCCAGUGUCAGAGGAAAACGAAGACAGCACUCCUCAGAUUUCCAGUAUGUGCCCCUUCCCACAAUGCACCAAGAGCUUUUCAAAUGCCCGAGCUCUAGAAAUGCACCUGAACUCACACAGUGGAGUGAAAAUGGAAGAAUUCCUCCCCCCUGGUGCUAGUCUAAAAUGCACCGUCUGUAGCUACACUGCUGAUUCUGUGAUCAACUUUCACCAACACCUGUUCUCCCAUCUCACUCAAGCUGCCUUCCGAUGCAAUCACUGCCACUUCGGCUUCCAGACUCAGAGGGAGUUAUUGCAGCACCAGGAGCUCCAUGUCCCUGGCAGCAAACUGCCCAGAGAAAGUGACAUGGAACACUCUCCAAGUGGAACCGAAGACAGCUUACAGACAGCCACAGACUUGCUGACCAGAAGUGAACUCCCCCAGAGCCAAAAGGCCAUGCAGACUAAAGAUGCGAGCUCUGACACGGAGCUGGACAAGUGUGAGAAAAAGACUCAGCUCUUUCUCACUAACCAGAGACCCGAAAUUCAGUCUGCAACAAAUAAACAAAGCUUUUCUUACACGAAAAUAAAGUCUGAGCCCUCUAGUCCAAGACUUGCCUCAUCUCCAGUUCAGCCUAAUAUUGGGCCUUCUUUCCCCGUGGGACCCUUUCUAUCUCAGUUUGCUUUUCCCCAGGAUAUCACAAUGGUCCCUCAAGCUUCAGAGAUCUUAGCCAAGAUGUCUGAACUGGUACAUCGGCGACUGAGGCACGGAAGUAGUAGCUACCCUCCCGUCAUUUACAGCCCCUUGAUGCCCAAAGGGGCUACCUGUUUUGAGUGUAACAUAACAUUCAAUAAUUUGGAUAAUUAUCUAGUGCACAAAAAACAUUACUGCAGCAGCCGAUGGCAGCAGAUGGCCAAGUCCCCGGAGUUCCCUGGUGUUUCAGAAAAGAUGCCUGAGGCCGUGAGUCCCAACACUGGCCAAACCUCCAUAAACCUUCUCAAUCCAGCCGUUCAUUCUGCUGAUCCUGAGAAUCCACUUCUUCAAACCCCCUGCAUCAAUUCUUCCACUGUUUUAGAUUUAAUUGGGCCAAAUGGGAAGGUCCACGACAAGGACUUUUCCAUUCAAGCUAAGAAGCUCUCCACCCCCAACAGCAAUGAUGAUAAAAUUAAUGGAAAACCUGUUGAUGUGAAAAAUCCCAGUGCCCCCUUAGUGGAUGGGGAAAGUGACCCAAAUAAGACUACCUGUGAAGCUUGCAACAUUACUUUCAGCCGGCACGAAACAUACAUGGUCCACAAACAGUAUUACUGUGCUACGCGCCACGACCCUCCGCUCAAGAGGUCAGCUUCCAACAAAGUGCCUGCUGUGCAGAGAACCAUGCGUACGCGCAAGCGCAGGAAGAUGUAUGAGAUGUGUCUUCCUGAACAGGAGCAAAGGCCUCCGCUAGUCCAACAGCGAUUUCUCGAUGUAGCCAACCUCAGCAAUCCUUGUACCUCCACUCAAGAACCCACGGAAGGGCUGGGAGAGUGCUACCAUCCAAGAUGUGAUAUCUUUCCAGGAAUUGUCUCAAAGCACUUGGAAACGUCCCUCACGAUUAACAAGUGUGUUCCGGUUUCCAAAUGUGACACUACUCAUUCCAGUGUUUCCUGCCUAGAGAUGGACGUGCCCAUAGAUCUCAGCAAAAAGUGUUUAUCCCAGUCUGAGCGGACGACUGCAUCUCCCAAAAGGCUGCUGGACUACCACGAGUGCACUGUGUGCAAGAUCAGUUUCAACAAGGUAGAAAACUACCUGGCCCACAAGCAGAAUUUCUGCCCGGUCACUGCACAUCAGCGUAAUGACCUGGCUCCGCUCGACAGCAAAGUGUUUCCGAAUCCAGAAAGCGAACGAAACAGCCCCGAUGUCAGCUAUGAAAGAAGCAUCAUCAAAUGUGAGAAAAAUGGGAAUCUGAAGCAGCCUUCCCCCAACGGAAACUUAUUUUCAUCCCACUUAGCAACUCUGCAGGGCCUGAAAGUCUUCAGUGAAGCCGCUCAGCUCAUUGCGACAAAAGAAGAAAACAAACAUUUGUUUCUUCCACAAUGCCUGUACCCUGGAGCAAUAAAGAAGGCAAAAGGGGCCGACCAGCUCUCUCCUUAUUAUGGAAUAAAGCCAAGUGAUUAUAUUUCUGGUUCUCUGGUCAUCCAUAACGCUGACGUGGACCAAAGCACAAAUGCGGAAAAUGAAUCUCCCAAAAGCCAGGCUUCUUCCAAUGGGUGCACUGUGCCGAAGAAAGAUUCCCUGCCCUUGUUGCCCAAAAAUCGAGGCAUGGUCAUAGUGAAUGGUGGACUGAAGCAAGACGAGCGCCCUGCCGCCAACCCACAGCAAGAGAACAUUGCCCAGAAUCCUCAGCAUGAAGACAGCCGCAAAUCUCCCUCCUGGAUCUCGGAGAACCCAUUAGCCACGAACGAGAACGUCUCCCCAGGAAUUCCCUCCACAGAGGACCAGUUGUCUAGUAUAGCUAAAGGUGUGAAUGGCUCCACCCAGGCUCCAACCAGUGGGAAAUAUUGCCGGCUGUGUGACAUCCAGUUCAACAACCUCUCAAACUUUAUAACUCACAAGAAGUUUUAUUGCUCAUCACAUGCAGCAGAACAUGUCAAAUGA